GGUGCGGCAGUCUGCGAACUCGGAGACCUAAAUAGCUCGACAUAGGGAAAACGGCACGUUAUGUAUUAGUCGUUCUAAAAUAUUUUAUGAACGAUGGCGUGUUUCCCUGUCACGCGCGAUACACGCUCACUUUCCAGUGGAGGAGGUGCUGGUCAUAAAAUGAAAAACGGAGUAAUGGACGAAUAAAGAAGGUGAUUGCGGGAGGCAAAAGAGAAGAAAGACAGGGCUGAGUAAAGAUACCUACUCGAGCUGCAAAAUGGUCGAGCGAAGAGGACGACGAGAGAGGAAAGGAACGGACGGAGUAGAGCGGUAGGUGGAGAACGGAGAGACUGUCAACGCUCUCCCCGGAACGCUUUCAACCCCUUUCGAGCAUCCUGAGAGGAACUAACGAGGCUACCGGUGACAGUGUUCUAUUUCUACGGCCGUGGAUUCUCUUUUUCGAGCUUCGAGUUUACGACGCGAGUGCCAGCCACGCGUUUACAAUAGGUAGUCGAGAAUGGUCCGAGGCCAGGGCUCAACACUCGGAACUCGGUAUUUUAUUCGCGACUACUUAACCUUUCCCUUGUGAACUAUUUCGACACGAAGCGAUGUAUUAGAGAAUGAUUUUUUUAACGGACCGUUAAACAUUUGUUAGCAAAAGCGAUAGGAACGAACGUAAACGGAACGCGUUUAUCGAGCAAGAUACAAGUAAGAACGUAUCUCGCUUCGUAGUCCGAGCGAAACGACGAAAGUAAACGGCGCGUGAGGUGUACGGUAGCUGGUUUGAAGUUUAAACGAACGUUGAUAACGGUCGCUAUCUGAGAUGGAGCAUAGAGAGACGCGUACGACGUAGAGUCAAAGACUCAGACAGAAUCCGAUAGACGGAAUCUAAAACGAUAACUAGAUAUGAUGUAAUAAGACCCACUAGAGACUCUUCGACGCUGGAGAACUGAACGAAACCGAUCGGUGCGGUACUGAAACGCCGAGAUUCGAGAUAAAUGUAACCGAACGCAUUUCAAUUGUUUCUGUCCCCUCAUUUGAUCUUUUCACUCUGUUAUCGUUCUACCCCGUUCCCAUUUUCGCUCCGAUUCGAUUCCCCACUUUCGUAUUGAAUGGACACGCGGAAAUGAAUUGGUCGGCCGAUAGCGUACUGAUAGAUAUAGCAUUCUAUACAUAUAACCAGCUAUUAUUGUGUCACAUUCUGGAACCUGGAUCGAAAAGAGCGAAAGAUCGAAAAGAGAUCCACGUUGCGCCUCGGCGGAAAAAUUCCGUUUUAACAGACUUUCGAAAAGCUACUAGUUCAGGUCGAGCGCGAAUUAAGAACGUAAUUUUUUAUGACGACGAAGCGAGACUUCCAACAGCGGGAAAAAAGAAAGACAACGAGACCGGAGAAAACAAGCGUGAAAAUGGAACAUCCGUCUUCUCCGUAAUUUGAAACAGUGAUUUACUCUCUCCUCUGUCCUAUCCAUUAUCUAUCUUCGCAAAUAACGAUUAAUCGUCGCAGUCACAAUCGCAUAUAAGUAGUUCCUAUCCGACAGUGACGAUGGAAUUAAAAUGUACCAACUAGAUUGUUGCAAUCGGUAAACGUUAAUGAAGUUCGGAUACUUGCGAGAAAAUCAAUGAAAAACAUGCCUUUGUCGAAGAUCUUGUCAGGUAAAUAUAAUUUGCUGUUGCCAGUGAAGAGUUAGACGGGCAUGCGAGAAAGGGUAAUGGAUUUCUCCGUUGUUCCUAUUCAAUGUCCUCUUUAUUCGACGUUCGGAUUUCGAAUUGCUGGUAGUCCCAGUUCUCCAAGAAUUCCAUUUGUACAACGUCGACUACUUUGAAUUUUGCUAGGAACUUCGUUAUCGGGUUUACAUAGAAUCGGCACGGUGUGCAGCGUGCUCGAGACGUUAAAGGAUAUGGGCACUCCCGUUCCUCUGAAGCAGCGAAAACGCGGCGGUGAACAAUCCUGAAGCGAACGGAAUUAAUUGGAUCAGAAAUAUCGGAUCGGUGACGUUUGAUGCGCUAGCGCCUAACGAGCGGACGAGAGACCUCUCCUUUUUUCCAAGCGUGUAUUAUGCGCCCGUUAACCCAGUUUACGAAUCUCAUUCCAGUCACGUUCGAUAUAUCGGCAUUAUAUUGCUAUUCCUUUAAGACGUUGACCAAAGUUUGGAAACCGAUUUAUGACUACCACCGAAAAACUAUUGCUCGUCCCUAUGUCUGUGUAUCUAAGUCUGAGUUUCGGUCGCGAUUUUAUCUCAUGGGAUUGCAAAUGGUACUCACAAUUAGUGACAGGUUAGUAGAACAUUUAAUUGUGACUACGACCAACGAGACACGUUUAGGAACGUUUAAUCUCACAAACUAUUACGGGAGUAACUUGCUCGCACGAUCUGUUAAUUAUACUCCCAAAACUACGCUUGAAAUACGACUGCAUGUAAGCAAAUACGAGAAACAUAAUAUCAGGAGCAUGUUGGGAGUUGUCUAAAUUGUCUCGAGCAGAUAAACGAAAUCUAUAAUUUACUGCCGAAACUCGGGAAAGAUUGGCGUCACGUUCUUCUUUUAAAACAUUACAGUAGGCUGACCUUUACGAGCAUCGUCGUUCUUGGAAUUGGAAAUCAGUCGUUAAUGGUACCGAUGGGAAAGCACAAUUUUAAUUGCGUUAAUUGAUUGCAUAAACAACGAAUAAUUGACAGAGAAUCACGCAGGAGAGUGAGGAAACUUUGAUUGAACAAAAUACAUGCAUGAACAGCGUAAUAAAUUUGUUUUCAUACCGAAUAAAUGCCUGAAAUAUCAGAACGUUGGUAAAAGUGCUUGAAAUUCUGCGAUAUGCCGUUUCAUAUAAAUUAUGCGGCCGAAAUCCGCCGAGUCGGGUAAAAUCGCAUCGGCAAUUCGUCACGCGUGGAAGCAUGUACGCGUUUCCGAAUUCGAACCACGAUCUGCCCUUUAUGUUAAGCGCUUGCCAACUUUUCCGUCCCUCGUUUUUGUGUGACACAGCCCCCGAUCUAUCACCGAAUCACGUAUGAGAAACGGCGAGCGUUAUCCUGACGUGAAAAAAACAUUGUGCGGAGAAAAUUGAAAUACGCUAUGUGUCCCAAAAUUCUUCCUCUUUUUUCCACUUGCUUCUUCUUAUAAGUCACACUAUAUUAUAGGAGUUACCAUAAAGCGAAAACGACCUGCGGUGAGAGUUUUCUUUUAUUUUUAACGCGUACCUAUAAAACACCGGACGUACGUACGAUUUGUAUACAAUGCAUAAAACGGGAACUAAAGUGUUUGUAUUCGGGAUAAGGCGCACUUUAUUUUAAUUUUAUGAGAACUAAUGUUACGACCACUGAAUUUCGGUAUAGCGAUCCUUAUUGCGCAAAAGCAUGAUAAAGCCACUCAUUCAUAACGUACGAAUGACAAUUCGUCGAAUCAGAUAACUCGACUUCGUGUUCCUGUCGAUCGUACGCGUUUGCAAAAACAUGAAUCGUUACGUUUGGGAGAAACAAAGAGAAACUCGUUUAGCGUUACGAAUAUCGCACGAAAGUUUACUAUUAUCGAACUCACACACGAGCAUAAAUGUUUUAUUGUCGAAAUUUGUUCGGUUUUAGUUUUUCAUCUGUAGUUACCCCUUUUUCCGAGUCCCAAAUAGAAAACCGUGUGAAUUUAAGAAAAAAGAAAACAAGUUUGGCGCAAAAACACGAACUGUUACAUCUCGAUGGCUACAGCGUUUAUUUUUCCCGCUUUUAUGGUUUGCUUUCGACCUAUUCGAACGUUAAUACCUGCGAGCGAGUAAAAUAGAAAGGAUCUCGUUUCGUUUGACGCGGUCGGGUGAAUGCGGCGACUCAAACGGAAGAUGUAAAGGACUUUAUUCACGAUAUUAGAGUUAAUUUCGCUCGACCGGCUCGGAAUUUAAUACCUCCGGCACGCGGAUUCCUUUCCCGCCUAACGAUAUUUCCCUGGGCAACUUUAUUUCGAGUCCGGGUAAACGACAGGAAUAUUGCGACUGCAGCUCUCUUAACUUCGAAGUCAGACGUUGAAGACAAUACGGGCGGGACGACGACGACGCGUUUUUGACGUGAGCACCACGGGAGCAUUAACGUCGGUCGCUUCGUUUAAUUCUUCAUCGAGCAAUCUCUGCGCGCAACACGAACAACGCUGCGAAAUGGGGCACGCGGUUGCGUUCCACUUCGAAUAUUGGUCUCGUUUCGAGAGCAGAGAGUUGGAACGAUGGUGGAACGUACCAUUUUAAACGAGCCGUGAUACCUAAGCUAGUCGAAUUGCAAAAUGUGCCAUGGGAGAAUCGUCUGCCUUUUGGAUAACCGAGAAUCUUCACAAUUUUCACAAAAAGUGCCUUCACAGCGAAGCUGUCCUCCGGCUAUACUAAGAGCGGAAUGUCGGUUGAAGUGAGAGCGGGAAGACCAACAAUGCCGACGAUUCCGCAGUCUAAAAGACCAACGAUUUUAGUUUAUCCGACAGUAACUCCAGAAAGUAUCAUCAUUCCAAUAGUAUCGUGCAUACUCGGAUUUCCGUUGUUGGCGUUAAUGGUAAUUUGUUGCUUAAGAAGGAGAGCGAAACUUGCGAGGGAACGAGCGAGAAGAAGAAAUUGUGACGUCAUGGAUCACGGAGCCCUUAGCCUUGUUCCUUUCGGUACUGUUCGUCGCUUAGCAUCUAAAGAGGAUUUAGCUGGAAUCGAUCAUCCAGCGAGAACGGUAUCACUACAGCGAAGUGACCGAGGUUCCAGAGCUGUUCCAUCGUUGGAACUGGACACUGUAGUCGAGGAACGAUCGGAUCCCGAACAGAGCACUGCCUUGGAGCUGAGCAGUCCAGAUUAACAUCCAGCUGUGGUACCGUCGAGGUCUCCUCGACCAUCGAAAUCGGCGGUACCGCUGCCGGUGGACCACAGUCCACUUUGGACAGCAUUGACACAUGCCAACGCUGUGUCUUCGGCUCUUGAGGAUACCUAGCAGGAAGUUCAAGAGGGCGGCUAUAUCGAAGCUCUUGUCCUCGACUUGCCAAUAAUUUAUUAACAAAUUUACAGAAGAUACAAAUACGUAUAUUAUCGUGUAAAAAUCAGUUCAAAAUCUCGAAUAGUCACGUUGUACCGUAGAACUUUCGCGAUGAAAAAUUGGUCCAAGCCUAACACUGUUAAACGAAAGGAUUUGAAGCUCUACGCUUUGGGUAUCUAAAACUAAUGUGAGUAAAUUUUAUACCUGCGAGCUGUGCAACGUUCUCCUGGGCAUCCAGCUUUUUACAAAAGAGAUCGAUAUUUGAUUAAAUAAUGGAAUCUACAUUAUAUUAAUGUACAUAAGAAUUUGUUAACACAUUGUACAAAUGGAAAUAACAGUGUAAAUAAAUCAUGAAACACUA